AUGCCAUACGCUCCAGAUAAUAGUAACCUUAUGCUUCCCGUAGCAUCACACGUGCACCAAAGCUAUGGAGGAUUUCAUCAUUUUGGUCCAGCAGGAGGAUAUCCGCCUCAUACUCCACCUCCACAUCCUCCAACCUAUAAAUCAGAACUUCAUGAUACUCACGCAAAUCCUCCCCUAAUGAAUCAUGGUGGUCUAAUGCCCUCAACGACUCUCCCUUCCGUAAGUCCCGUUCCUGUAUCCUCACAACCGGCGCUUUCUCCGAUCUCAUCACUUAAUGGAGGAAAUACCGGCAACGAGUAUCACAUGUCUCAUCAUAUUCACCAACAUCAAGCCAACUCUGCGACAAAUGCGAACACUUAUCACAAUUCUCCUCAUCUUGAACACGCGCAACAAUUAAAUCAGGAAGUUUCAAAUUACAGCAACACCGUUUCUCCCGUUAGCAUGCCAUCUCCACCCGCCAGCAUCCCCCCUUCUCAAUCUAAUUUACGAUUCGAAAUCAUCCUUGAGGCUCCAACUGCUGCUGCUCAACGUACUGAUGAGACCCCAAUGACCUACCUCAAUAAAGGUCAAUAUUAUGGUUUUUGCAUUCAGGAUCAAGAUAAAUUUGAUGGAGAAUUCAUAACUACGAUCAAAUUAAUGUUUCAUGAUGAUACCCAUCGUAAAUUGGCUUCAACUUAUUGGAGCUUUUGGUUAACACAACAAACCUCUCCAAAGAAUGCGAGGGCUAUUGAUAUUGAUAAAGCUGCGUCAACAGGACUUAGUAAUGUAGAAACAAAGACCUUUGAUCGUAUACAAUUUCGUUGGAAUGGCAAGAAAGGAGCAAAGCUUUUCAUCCGAUUUAGUUGCCUUUCCACUGAUUUUUCACGGAUAAAGGGAGUGAAAGGAAUUCCUUUAAGAAUUCAAGUGGAAACCAAGAGUGAUAAUGGUACCACUUGUUCAAUCUUGGAGAAAUCGUUUGCCAAGAUUAAAUUAUUUAGGGAUAAAGGCGCUGAACGUAAAAAUAAGGAUGAUCAGAAACAUCUCGAGAAAAUGUGUGAAAAGAUGAGAGGUAAAACACAGGAGACGACACCCAUGAUCAUGAUGUAUGCGCCCCCACAUCCCGUGACAUUAUUUAAUGAGAUGGCGGGCACCAAUGAUGUAACCGAUGAUGAUGAUGUGUUGAACCUUUCUGAAUCGUUAAAUAACCUUGAAGAUGUUGAAGGAGGUGAUCUUAUACCUCUUCCGUUGGGUAAACGUAGAAGGUUUUCGAUGGGACCUGAUUUCUUGGAACCAUUAGAUUGUGACCCAACAUACAUUCCACAUUUAAGAAAACGACGAGCAGUGCUUUGUAUCUAUGUUAAGCUACCGGGAGAACCUGCUUAUCGUGCCAUUUACUUGAACCAUCUCACUGUUCAAGACCUUACAUCAAAAUUAUCUGAUAAGCUCUCUGAAAAAAUUGAUCUUCAAGGUCAGCAGAUUUCAGGUAUUUUUAGGUCAACCAAACGAAACCUUACCGUUCGUAUUGAUGAUGACACGAUUCAUCAACUUGAAGAUGAAACGGAUAUGGAAGUCGAUGUUCAACUUAAUCAAGAUGGAACAUUUCAAUUAACGUUGAAGUAUUAA